ACAUAACUAUUCCCAUACAUCUAACGAAUGUUCGCUUAUAUACAGUAUUUUAGAAUACUACUGCUCUCUUCAACAAGGAAGUUAAAGUAAUUGCUAAAUAUUUUAACCUGAUCCCACAUUGGUUUAAUAUUAAUAUACAUGAUAUAUCAAUAUUGUAUUGGUAGAUAGCCUUAUACUUGUACACUUGUUAAAUAGAUUGUUGAAACGUUAUAAAGAUAGAGUGUAUUUCAUUUUUGAAAUGGGUAAAAUUAGUUCAAAACAUAAACGGAAGCAAAACCAAGCACCUAGAACCAACGAUGAAUUAUUAUAUAGCUCCUCUCAUCCUGAACGAACACGGGAGCCGUCUGUUGAACUUUCAACCUCCGAGAAUAACAGUCAACCUGCAAGUUCUGAGAUGAACACCCUGGAAAACAACAGUCAACUUGCAAGUUCUGAGAUGAACACCCUGGAAAACAACAGUCAACCUGCAAGUUCUGAGAUGAACACCCUGGAAAACAACAGUCAACCUGCAAGUUCUGAGAUGAACACCCUGGAAAACAACAGUCAACUUGCAAGUUCUGAGAUGAACACCUUGGGAAUCAACAGUCAAGAUACUGAUAGAUUACAGCCAUUUGUACUUGGUACAAGUUCUCUGCUAAAUGAACGAUAUAUAUUAUCAAAAGUACCACUUGGAAAUGAAGAUGAUGAAGUCUUGAAUAUUCCUAACGACAACAACUAUACACCAGAAGGGAGUGUUUCAACUGAUUCGUCAGCCUUUUCGCUCCGACCGGUGACUUGUCCUAAAGAUGAUCCGUUGUAUUUCUACCCCAGCGGUAUUGCCCUUGUUGACUCCGAAUCAGAAGACGAAUCUGUUCAUGAACAAAACGAUGUCCUGCAUUAUUUUGAGCACGACGAAGAUGAAAUCAAUAUCUACGGGGACUAUUUGGAACAAGAUAGUGAUAAUCUGGACGACAGAGGCCUAUCGGUCGAAGCGCUUGGGCGACUACCGAUUAAACAUGCCAGAGCCACACUUGACGUGUGCCAUGUCUGUUUUGAGAAUUACGAAGUAGGCGAUCUGCAAAAAGUCUUGCCAUGUUUUCACUUAUUCCACUCAAGCUGCAUUGACCAAUGGCUUCAGGAAAGUGCCACGUGCCCGGUAUGCCGAACACAUGUUGAUAUUGAAGACUACUAGAAAUCCUGUUAUUAAUAAUGUACCACUGGUUACUUACAAUGGAAAACAUAGACUACAUUGGGCUGACUGCUCAGACCUUUGUUAAAGUUAUUAUCGUUGUUGUUAACCUACAAAUUAUUUCUGCUCUGGAAGUUUAAUGGAUACACUAGUGAUCUGCUGUAUUUCUAACAAGAUUGAGACAACUGUUCCAGCUGUACUUCCCGUUUAAAAGUAAACAUUGAAAUACUCAAAAACGUUGUUAACCUUAAUUAAGUUCUGGACAGUCGGCCCAAUGUCUGUAUUAUUUCGACAAUUAAACUAGGUUACUCCGUUUAAACAUAUAUGUUAUAUCAUGAAAAUGUGCACAAAACAGCAAUAUAAAAUUAUAAAUACUUUGAUCUGAAGCGAAAGGCUUGUAAAUCAUAAAACUAUUAUGAUUUUAUCUGUUCUACUUAUGGUUUUCGAAACAUGUGUGUGCUUGCGAAGUACAUUCAUUAUCUAUACUAUCUUUAAAUGGAC